AUGGCCCAUCUUUUACAAAAUAGAUGGCACCUCCGCCGGGUUGCAGACACCAGUGCUAAAUCAUGUCUUAUAUGCUACAAGCCAUCGACCAGCGUACUAGUGACACCCGACAGCAAGGAUUUCUUCUACAUUUGCCCAAUCCAUCUAAAAGACAAAAGCUUUUGCUCCCCGCUUAUAGACGAGGAGGAAGUUGCAGCAAAGAAAAGAAAGGAGGAGAUAGACCGGGAGAUCGAGAAAGUGGAGAAAGAGUACGAAGAAAAGCAGCGGAAGAAGAAAGAAAAGGAGAAGGAAAAGGGGAAAGACCAGGACAAGGAGAAAGACGGUGACAAGACGGAAGACAAGAAGAAAGCCGACGAUGAGGAAAGCAAAAAGGACGAGAAAGAGAAAGAUGACAAGAUCAAGUCUAUACAGAGUGCAGCCGGUUCUGGGGGUGCUAGUACUGAUGACAUGCCUCGAAUAUACUCGCUCCAUAAGAACUUCUAUCAAAUGCGGGUUGAUAGACUGAAGGCUAUUGAGAAGUCAAAGAGGGAUCGCCAACGUUUGCAGAACCCGUCGACGUUCCCUUCUGUGCCGAAGACAGAUCUGUCAUAA